AUGGCUUACAGCCUCCACGCAACAGAGCCCCUAGAUUACAUCCACGCUUUGCGAGCUCUAAUACCUAAGAACGAAGCCUUACCAGCGGCUGACUAUGCGCAGAAGUACGACGCGGCUUGUAUCACUCACUCACGUUGGCUGGUGCACGAGGGUUAUGCGCAUGAUAUAUUGUGCUCUGGCGCAUUGUGGCUGGAGCUGAGUGCAAAGAUCCCUUCUUGGACUAUGACCUUUGGCCGACCCCCACGGUCACGCACUAGGACUGGACAGGUUACAUACUACGAAGAUCCGACUCUAUAUGUCAAUGACGGGACCACCCCUGCAGUGCAAGCUGCACAAUGGCAAGCGGAAGGUUUACAUAUGAACUGGAAGGCCACCGGCGAGACCAUAGACUUUCAGCAUGUGCUCCCAGUAGCCGUAUCAUUGAUAUGGCCAAGCAUACCUCGGUCGUCGGCAUCCAUCGAAGAUGACGCUCUGCGCAUAGGAGGGUUCCAAUUAGACUCACUUGCAGAUAUUGAUGCGAACUCGUUUUACGCGUACCGCACCCGAAGAGUCGUUUCGGGGCUACACCUGGUGUGGGAAUUCUACAAGCAAACGGCAGUCCGCCAGACCAACGAAGUCGAAAGCUUCGUCGAACGGGCGGGUUGGUGGGAAGAAUUCAACAUGAGUGAAGGGCCUCGCGUAAAUAGGGGAGGACUCUUCGGCGCCGAGUCGAUUUUGUUCUAUACCUCAGGUGCGGCGGCGGCUGACAUGGCCCCAUGCGCCGCCAGGUUGGCUAAACACGGCGACCUGCGGAACUACCAGCAAACCGAUUCCACCCAAUCGUCCUCCGCAGUCAGGAGUUCAUCUGUGAGGGAGGUUGGCCAGAAGCAAGAAAUCGCAAUCGGGCCAGAAAAUCAGGCAGGAUGGUGUUUGGCAUAA